AUGGCUUCUUCUUAUCAAAUGUACAAGCUAAUCACCAUUUUGAUUAUCUUCUUCUCCUUCACAUUAACAUGUCUCGCGGAAAACGCCGAGCUCGCAGGUGUUGGUCAAUGCAAAUCCGGACCACGAGCAUCGUUUUGCCACAACAACAAAGAAUCGAGGAAACUCAAAUUCAUAGCUAUUGCCUCCAUCUUAGCUGCGAGUAUGAUCGGUGUUUCUUUACCGUUGAUUACUCGUAAAAUUCCGGCCUUGGGACCAGACCGAGAUCUUUUCGUGAUCGUUAAGGCAUUGGCCUCGGGGGUUAUCUUAGCGACGGGUUAUAUGCACGUGUUACCUGACUCUUUUGCCGAUCUCAAUUCCUUUUGCUUGCCAAGAAAGCCGUGGAGGAAAUUUCCUUUCACGACGUUUAUCGCUAUGAUCUCGGCCUUGUUCACAUUGAUGGUUGAUUCUUAUGCAAUGAGUUGGCAGAAGAAGAGGAUGUUAAAACCGCAAGAAAAUGUCGUCGAUGAAACCCUAGAGAAUGGAUCUAAGGAACUGGAGAAAGAAAACGACGCAAAAUCUCAGCUUAUUAGAUAUCAAGUCAUUGCUCAGGUAUUGGAGCUAGGGAUUGUAGUGCAUUCGAUUGUAAUCGGCCUCGCAAUGGGGGCUUCCGAUAACAAAUGUACCAUACGUUCCCUCAUCGCCGCUCUUUGUUUUCACCAGCUUUUCGAAGGCAUGGGACUUGGCGGUUGCAUUCUUCAGGCGCAAUAUGGAGGGAAAAUGAGAUUGAUAAUGGUGUUUUUUUUCUCGGUCACGACACCAUUAGGGAUCGCUCUAGGAAUGUUGUUACAAACAGUGUACAGCCCGACCAGUCCAACGGCAUUGAUCGUGGUCGGGGUCUUAAACGCGUGUUCGGCUGGUUUAUUGAACUACAUGGCACUUGUUGAUCUACUGGGUGCAGAUUUUUUGGGACCAAAGUUGCAAGGGAACAUGAAACUUCAGUCACUGGCUUAUGUUGCUGUUUUUCUUGGUGCUGGAGGAAUGUCUUUAAUGGCCAAAUGGGCUUAG